UGGAACCACAUUAUAUAUUCAGAAUGUUGGUUACGUGUUAGGUUAGAAUAACUUUUAAAAAUUAAAAAUUGUUAUGGCUUCCAAGUCGAUAAAAUCUCUAGGCAUAUUUAAAAACCCAACAAUUUUUGAUAAGGGACUAGGGGCUUUGCUUCCAGAAGCUUAUAAAAAAUUCUAUAAAGAGUGGAGGUUUACAGAACCAACGGCUGUACAUUAUGUACCCGAACCUGGAAGAUGGAAAAGGGAUGAAGUGACAGGCGAAGUUCUUCCUAUUCAGAAUAUUCCUAUACCCGUUUUUUAUCCAAAAGAACAUAACAAACACAUAUGGGGAGGAGAAGGUGUAGUUCAAGGAUUUGAGAAACGUGACAAACAUUAUAAAAGGCGAGUACCACAUUUUUGGGUCCCUGUUUUGAAGCGUACUGUGGUUUACAGUGAAGUUCUAAAUAAAUAUAUUUCGGUUAUUGUUACUGAUAGAACAAUUAACUUGAUAAAUGCGAACUACGGAUUUGACCAUUACAUAUUAAAGACUCCUGCCUGUGAUUUAAAAUCACUCCUGCCAUUAGCAAUAAAACGAAAAAUGUUGCAAGAGUUAGAAAAUGGAUGCCCAACAUACUCGGAGCAGCCAGAAAAACAAAAAGACAUUUUAAAACGCUACCAAAGUUACUUGUCUGCUUAUACGCCUGAAGAAAUAAAAUGGUACGGAUAUUCUUUUAGUCAAGCUUGUAAAAUACUCCAAGAAGAGAUAGAUGCAGAAUUGAAGGUUGUACCACUGAAACAUGUUUAUAGAUCACAACUAAUAGAAAAGUUAAAGGCGGCAAAAAUUGAAGAAGCUUCUGCAGUAUCUGAAUUAGGGGAAACUGAAUCAUCUGCAUCUUGGUUACAGAAAAUUAACCCAUUUGGGAAAAAACAUGAGACUUAGUGCUACAUAAAUGUCAUAAAUGUAAUAAUUAUUAGUUUUUCUGAAUCUGAUUAAAAAUUAUACAGUUCGUA